GAAUCUGGGUAAAUUCCAGUAAUUGAGAGAAAACCAGGGUGGAAGUUUGUGCAAGGUCCUAGUUCUCUCUGAUUUGGUUAUUUCCUUGCAAUUAUAGAAAGGUGGGCUCCUCCCUGCCACCUGGUCCAAUUUGUCAUUGAUACAGCUAAAUAGAUUAAGGCCCAGAGAGGUUGAGUGACUUGUCCAAGGUCACACAGUAAGUUAAGGACAUGCUAAGACCAGAUGCAGCUCGCCUAAUACCCCGCCAUCUCUAGCGAUCAGUCAUUUAGGUGGAGGCACUUUUAAGACUAGGUUGCAGAGAGGAUCUCUUUCUUCUGUUAACUGAAGAGCAAACUGGUCUCCAGGAGAGAGGAGGAGCCCCUUUCCCCUUGUGAGCUUCUUCUCAAGGGGUAGAUGGGGGAAGCAAGGUCUUGCUUGCCCCCAAAACACAGACCAGACUUUCAGCAUGUUUUAGAAUAAAAUAGGUCUUUUUCUAAGAGAUUAAGAAAAUCCACUGAUACUCUUGGGAAUGGAGUGACUUUGUGAGGUAGUGAGCUCCUUGUCACUGAGGAUAUUCAAACAGAGCCUGGACAGGAGUCUGGGAUGGAGUGUUAGGCUGAUGUCAUCCCACAGAUGCCCACCCCCAGAUUCCUUCGUGGAUUCAUGGGAGGCACAGAGACAGACUCCCUGGGGAGUUGGAAAAAAAUGGGUUCUGGCCCUGCAUACGCCCCACGCUGAUGCCCUGUGGGAAGCGGCUGCUUAUCUGGGGGCAGGCCCCUGGCCCUGGGCCUCUCCCUGGGCACGGGCCCUCCGCCAGGAAUCGCACAUCGGCUUCCCAAGGAAGUGAGGGCCUGUCUUCAGGGCUGGGCUUCAGUCUUGGGUGGGGUGGGGUGGGAGGCACAAAAGCUGCUCCAGCUCGGGGGCGCCCCCACUCUGAGGCCCUUGGACAGACCAGGCCACCUGUGAGAAUGGGUGCUGGGAGUGUGAGGUGCGUGCCUGGCACAGAGUGGGUGCUGGCUGGGCCCAUGACUAUCACUGCCUGUCUUAUUCAUUUCAUCUUCGUUGACCCUGGUGGGGUUUUUUUUAGCUAAACAUUAAAUAUUUUAUUGCAAUAUGAUAAUUUAAAAAUUACAUAUUGAAUGACUAAUGUAUUACAUUUAAAUAAUUAAAUACAGUGUCAACAGAGACUGUUAUAGGAGGAUGUGUCCUGAAAUGUCCGCAUACACACAGAUGCGUGUGUAUCCGUUAGGAGCAGUUUUCAAUACGCGACCAUAUUACUGUUUUCUAUUAAAAGAGGACGGGACAUAGCUAUGUGUCUGUCUGUCCGUCCACCCACCCAGCCAUCUGUCCACUCCCUCUUCUGCACUCUCAGAGCGACUUCUGCAUACAUCUGUCUUAGCGCUUCCCAAGCAGCACCCCUGUCCUGUGGGUGAGCACCCUCAGCUCGGAGAGCUUGGGUUACCCAAGAUCACAUAGUGAAGAAUGACCAGGAGGUGUGAGCCGAGGUCUGCUUGGGGUCAAGUCCGGGCAGGUGCCGCCGCGGCAGGUGCCUCUAGCCACCCCAGAAAUUCCCAGCGUGGGGAAAACCGCAGCAGCGUCUGCAGAGUUGGCCUGGCUGAGAGGCCAUCGUCUGGAACCAGGCACGGAUGGGGACAGUCCGGGGAGGUAGCAGCAGUCCGGGGCCAGUGCAGGGAGAGGGAUGCAUGGAUCACAGCAGCAGGUGGAGCUCAGGUACCUGCUGGACCUUCUCCCAAAGAGACUUACGGGGUCCAGGGGAGCAGGGCUUGCCUGGUUCAAGGUCCCCCAUGAGGGGACAGAUGAGCAGUCACUGUGAUCUCCUGCUGCAGGGUCCCCCUAGCUACCAGCCAGGUGCAGAGGGCCCCCACUCUCUGCUCCCACCCCUGGGACCCUCUGCUGCGAGUCUCUGUUGCUGUCCAAGGCAGCAGAUAAGGCUUGUUUGCAUUUCCCAGGUGAGAAACGUGAGCAUGGAGAGGUGCGGUGGCUGCCUGAUGGGCCCCAGCUGGGAGAGGGCAGGGGCAGCCAGCAACCCCCCCCGCAACCUGGAGCUCUUGCCCCCUUCGAUGUCUUGUUCAGCAGGCUUGGAACAUGACGUGCCCAGUUUACAGAUAAGGAAAUGGAGGCCUUCACGCUCACAAAUAUGCCAGGGUUGGGCUUGGCCAAAUAGGACUUUCUCUCCUUUCCCUCCCUCCCUCCCUCCCUCCCUCCCUCCCUCCCUCCCUCCCUCCCUUCCUUCCUUCCUUCCUUUCCUUCCUUCCUUCCUUCUUCCCCCCCCCACCCCUUUUCUCAUACCAGGUGCCAAGGAGAGGGCACAUCAGAAGAAACACAGCAGUUUUGAGGAUGGACUCUCAGACGCUCUUGAGAAGCAGAAUGACCAGGCGGAGCUGAAAGAGGUGACGGGCGAGGCGUCCCCCAAGGAUGCUGCGGAGAAAAGAGAGGAUUCUAAAGACACAGAGAAGGGUGGAGACACAGAUGGAGCCAGGCCCCAGGCCUCCCCGGAGCCUGGCCAGGGGUCAAAGGUCGAGGAGGACAGCCAGGCCCCGGGGGAGCAGGAGGUCGCCAACACCGACCCCCCAGACAACCUUCCCAGCCAGAAACACCCAGGCCCACAGGCCGAGGAGGACAGCAAGAGCCUCCCCCAGGGCCUGGCGGACAGAGAGAAGGGCGUGGGUGCGGAGCGAGGGCAGCAGGCCAAGCGAGAAGAGGAGGAGGAAGAGGAGGAGGCCACAGAGGCUGGAGAGAAGGCUGUCCUUGAAGAAGAAAGCCCCACCGAGGCAUUUAACCCCCACCCAAGCCUUGGUUACAAGGAGAUCCAGAGGAGUGAGAUUCCUCCAGGUUGGUCCGAGGCUCUGGCUGUGGAUGGAGCCGGGAAGACUGGGGCUGAGGAGGCUCAGCCCCCCGAGGGGAAGGGCGAGCGGGAGCACUCCCGGCAGGAGGAGGAGGAGAUAGCCGAGGCCCCUCAAGGCCCCUUCCGGGACGGGAAGAACAGGGAGCUAGAGCCAGAACAGGAGGAGGAACAGCUCUCCAAGGAGUGGGAGGAGGCCAAGCGAUGGAGCAGGAUGGACCAGCUGGCCAAGGAGCUGACGGCCAAGCAGCGGCUGGAGGGGGAGGACGAGGAGGAUGACCCUGACCGCUCCAUGAAGCUCUCCUUCCGGGCCCGGGCCUACGACUUCAGGGGCCCUGGGCUGCAGCUGCGCCGAGGCUGGAGGCCGUCCUCCCGGGAGGACAGCGUGGAGGCGGGCCUGCCCCUCCAGGUGCGCGGCUACCCCGAGGAGAGGAAGGAGGAGGAGGGCAGCGCCAACCGCAGACCAGAGAGAGAGACAUAGCGAGAGCAGGAACACAAGCAGGGGGAAUGGGAGACGGAGAAGCAGGCUUCUUGCCGAGCAGGGAGCCCGAUGUGGGACUCGAUCCCAGGACCCUGGGAUCAUGACCUGAGCCGAAGGCAGACGCUUAACGACUGAGCCACCCAGGCGCCCUCCCCCUCCAUUUCUUGCACACAGUAACCCUCAGUAAUCCCAGCAGGGCAGCGUCUCUGUCCCCAUGGUAUGAAUGAAGGCCCUAAGGCUCAGAAAGGCAAAGCCACCUGAGACCACACAGCUAGCCAGCGGCACAACCAGUCUGGCAGACUGCACCGUCCACACGGCCGGCCCAGUCCCUGCAGGAGCCUUGAUGUUCCUUCCUAGGACCAGGAGCUGGAGAGCCUGUCGGCCAUCGAGGCGGAGCUGGAGAAGGUGGCCCACCAGCUGCAGGCGCUGCGGCGGGGCUGACACGCCGGCCGGCCCCCUCAGCCAGGGCCCCGAGGCAGCCAGUGGUCCUGGCUCUGUUGUCCCCUUUGCAGGCCCUGGCCAGACGGCCCGGGCGCUGCUUCUGAGAGGCUGCUCCUAGCCUGCCCAAGCCCAGGCCACCCUGUCGCCCCCUUGCUCCUUUCCUCCUGCUCUUGACUCCUGCCCUCGUGCGCCCCUCUGCAGGGCGGACCACCCCCCAGACUUUAAAUGGUAAUCUUUUUUCUCUGGACACAGGCAGCUUUCUAGAAGUUUCCUUUCCACCGUCAGAGCCAUUGGGCACAACUGCAAUAACUUCUGACCUUUUGGUGAAAGCUGAGAACUCCUGACUGUAAUAUAUUCUGUACAAAAUUUAUCUAAGGAAAAAUAAAUCUGCUCUGGGCUUUCUGGUUUCUUUGGAUGUCUCCCCCCUUGACUUAGAGUGGGGUGGGGUGGGGUGGGUUCGGGCAAAGGGACAAGGGGAAGUUUAUUUCCCUGGGGCAACUCCUUUCUGGGCUACUUUUUAGUCAUGGAACUCAGGGUAAGUGACUUUGCAUCUCUGGACAUCAAUUUCUUCAUCUGGAAAAUGGGGAGAAUACGUAUUAUUUCCAUCAUCAGAUGAUGAGGAGGAUUCGAAGGGCCCGAGCAGCCUGGACCAUAAAACCAUUAUGAUGAUGAUACGAGUCCUUUGAAGGAAGGGUCCUGGCAGGUCUAGGCCUCGCCUAUGAGGCUGGUGACGGGCUGCCCACCGUCACUAACCCUCCCGAGGCACGGAGGAACGCCCUCCAAAGCUGGUGCCGUAAGGCGUUUAUUUCUUCACGUUUCAAGGGUGCAGUCCAUCCGUGACAAUUACAGAAAUACACACAACACCAAACUGUAUUCCACGAGG